UUCCCGCUGUCUCUGUCUUAGCCGCCGCGCCACGGGGCCACCGGCGUGACGGACCCACCGGCGUGACGGACCCACCGGCCGCGGGCUCCGGGAGCCGCCGCGUUUAGCCCGGCCCACCUGGCCGAGAGCCUGGGACCCAAUUCGCCGUCCGCGCCCCUCGCCCUCCGCUCCUCGCUUUUUGCCCGGCCGGCUCCCGGCGGCCGACCCGCGUCCCGGCCCUUCCCGGGCGGCGUCGUAGCCACAGCCCGCGCCCAGGACAGGGCCGAACACGGUGAAAUCACAUUUCACAGUUAAAACACUAUUAAGAAGACAAUAUGGGGACUCCUGGUUCUGGAAGGAAAAGGACGCCUGUAAAAGACCGAUUUUCUGCAGAAGAUGAAGCUUUGAGUAACAUUGCCAGAGAGGCAGAGGCGAGACUGGCAGCAAAACGGGCUGCCCGGGCAGAAGCGAGAGAUAUACGCAUGAGAGAACUGGAGCGACAACAAAAAGAGCACUCUCAUUAUUCCUUUGAUCGGAAAUGGGGACAGAUUCACAAGUGGCUGGAAGAUUCAGAAAGGGCCAGGUAUUCCCACCGGUCUAGUCAUCAUCGACCUUAUCUGGGAGUUGAGGAUGCAUUGUCCAUUCGAAGUCUUGGCAGUCACAGGUAUGAUGCUCUCAAGGAUAGAUCGUCAAGACUUUCAUCAUUAAAUCAUUCUUACAGUCACUCUUAUGGAAUGAAGAAGAGGUCUUCUGGUUCUCAUAAAGACCCACUGAGCGGCCUCUACUUUGACCAGAGAAGCUAUAGCAGUCUUAGGCAUAGCAAACCCACCUCUGCCUACUACACUCGGUCUUCCUCCCUGUGUAGUGACCCUCUGGCAACAUCAAAGAGUACCAGGGCCUCCUCUACUGCAAAUUCUGGUCUGCUGAGAAGUACCAGUCUGGUGUCAUUGUAUGAUGGUGGAUUAUAUAACCCUUAUGGGUCUCGAACUCCAUCUGAAUACAGUUAUUACUCAUCAAGAGCAAGUUCGGCCCGAAGCAGUCCCGUGUUUCCCGAUGAUGACACUGCAAGCAUUGCAGCUUCUGGUCGCGCCAGCUGUGGGCGAAGGGACAGUGUGGUUUCUACCGCCGAUUAUUUUAGUCGCUCCAAUCUCAGGGGGAGUGUAGUCUCUGAGGUGGAUGACGUCCGUAUCCCCGAUUUGACCAGCUUGGAUGAAAAAUCUGACAAACAGUAUGCUGAAAAUUACACAAGGCCUUCAUCUCGGAAUUCUGCCUCAGCAACAACCCCUCUAAGUGGAAACUCAUCCAGACGAGGGAGUGGAGACACCAGCAGCUUAGUAGAUCCAGACACCUCAUUAAGUGAAUUGCGGGAUAUCUAUGACCUUAAGGACCAGAUACAGGAUGUAGAAGGGAGAUACAUGCAAGGGCUUAAAGAACUAAAGGAGUCUUUGUCUGAAGUGGAAGAAAAAUACAAGAAAGCCAUGGUUUCCAACGCACAGUUAGACAAUGAGAAGAACAAUUUGAUCUACCAGGUAGACACCCUCAAAGAUGUUAUUGAAGAACAGGAGGAACAGAUGGCAGAAUUUUAUAGAGAAAAUGAAGAAAAAUCAAAGGAGUUAGAAAGGCAGAAACAUAUGUGUAGUGUGCUGCAGCAUAAGAUGGAUGAACUUAAAGAAGGCCUUCGACAGAGAGAUGAGCUCAUUGAGGAGAAUCAACGAAUGCAGCAGAAAAUAGACACCGUGACAAAAGAGGUGUUUGACCUCCAGGAGACACUCCUUUGGAAAGAUAAAAAUAUUAGGGCCCUAGAGAAACAGAAAGAAUACAUUGCCUGCCUUAGGAAUGAGCGCGAUACGCUCAGAGAGGAGCUGGCUGACCUGAAGGAGACAGUGAAGACAGGAGAGAAACGUGGCUUAGUUAUAAUCCCUGAUGGCACUCCCAAUGGGGAUGUCAAUCAUGAACCAGUGGUGGGAGCCAUCACCGUGGUGUCUCAGGAGGCUGCUCAGGUCUUGGAGUCUGCAGGAGAGGGUCCACUAGAUAUCAGGCUACGAAAACUUGCUGGAGAAAAGGAAGAGCUACUAUCACAGAUCCGAAGGCUGAAGCUGCAGCUGGAGGAGGAGCGGCAGAAGUGCUCUCGGAGUGAGGGCUCGGCAGCAGACAUGGUGGGGCUGCACAAUGGUUCUGACCUGCAGUUCAUCGAGAUGCAGAGAGAUGCCAAUAGACAAAUUAGUGAAUAUAAAUUUAAGCUUUCAAAGGCAGAACAGGAUAUAACCACAUUGGAGCAGAGUAUCAGCCGGCUCGAGGGCCAGGUGCUGAGGUAUAAGACCGCCGCGGAGAAUGCCGAGAAGGUGGAGGAUGAACUGAAGGCGGAAAAGAGGAAGCUACAGCGAGAGUUACGAACAGCACUGGACAAGAUUGAGGAGAUGGAGAUGACCAACAGCCACCUGGCCAAGCGGCUGGAGAAGAUGAAGGCCAACAGGACAGCACUUCUGGCCCAGCAGUAGGAGGCCACCCUCCGGCCCGGGUGCUGCUCCUGGGGCCCCUCCCAGAGGGACUGACUUUUUGUCCAUUGACACAGACCCCCUUCAGUACUGUUUGAGUUUUGUCAUUAAAAUAGCCACCUUUGUAUUUUAUAAUUUAUGAGAGAAUGAAACAGGUUUGAAUCUUCAUGAAUGAACACUUUUUGGAUUUCGUUCAUAGUUUGAUUCUAGACUAAGAACUGGUCCAUGCUGUUUUUAUUUUUUAUUUCCAUAAUUUUAGAAUCAAGUUUACUCACCACUUUUCCCCAACUGCCUCAGUGACUGGGCACUCGAAGGCCUUGGCACGGGUUCCGGAGGACAGUGACUCUGUGAGUGCCCAAUGAGAUAACUCAGCUGGAGACCUCGGAAAACACAAGUGCCUUCUCCACGGUGCAAUUCAGACUGCAGUCAUCUCCAGCGGUCAAAAGACACUUACCCUUGAUUUCAGAUAGCAUUUAUAUUUUAGUGAAGAACCGAGUUCACAGGUGGGGAAUAUAUGUUUCACUCAAAUUUCUAUGUUUGGAGGAAAAAGACUUUUUUUGUAAAAUAUUUAAAUUUAUAUAAGAAAUGUUAGAAAAGAUAUGGGGAGUGUAUAUAAAACUUGCUUUAUUGCAUGUGGUCGGGCAAGUCCAAAGCCUAACACUCUUAAAGUAAGAGCAGGGCCCUUCAUCUUCAACAUCAGCUGUGCUGUAUCUCAUGUAAAGUAUCUCAUCUGCUGCUGCUUUGUGGAAUGGAACCUCAGACAAGUCCGGCGGGGUGGGGGGAGCAGGCAGGCGGGAGGUCGGCCUGAAGACUCUAUUAAAACGCACCCUCUUGCUGACCACA